GGACGGAAGCCGCGCGGGAACCUGCAGCGCGCGCGUGCGCAGCACAUUGGAACCCGGAAGCGGGCGCCGCGCGCGACCGGAGUGCUGCGCGCUUGGCGCUGUCACGCUACGCCCGGCGGGGCCCCACGAUGGCGCAGGAGCCAGGGUUACCCGCCUCCGCGCCUCCUGGUUCUCAGGCCCUUCUGGACGUUCUGCUCCAGAACCUCUACGACCUUGGAGAGACGGAAGAUGAAGCAGAGCAGAAAAAGAUCAGAAAGAAAAGAGAGAAGAAAAGAGAUAUGGGGACCCCAGCGGCCUUGGUAGCAGAGCCAGAUCUCCAACCUGGAUCUCUUGUCAGAGGCCAGAGGAAGAGUGCUUCCAGCUUCUUCCAGGAACUCCAGGAAGAGCUGCAGGGUGUUGCCGCCGUGACCCCUGGCAGUUUCCCUUCAGGACCUGUAGUCUCUAGUGCUGCAGUAGCCCCCUCUCCCCUGAGGAACGACAGGGAACCAGUAGAAGUGGUGGAAUUUCACAGCAGAAGUAGAAACAGAAAACAGAAGCCCGAUCAAGAUGAGAACACAAAGACCAAAACUAGUAUCCUCGAGAAAGAUGUGGAUAUACAAGAAUUUAACUUAGAAAAGGCUCGUUUGGAAGUGCACCGGUUUGGGAUCACAGGUUAUGGAAAAGGAAAGGAGAGAGUCCUGGAGCGGGGACGUGCCAUUAUGCUGGGCGCUAAGCCUCCCAGAAAUAGUUAUGUGAAUUACAAGGUUUUGCAGGAGCAAAUCAAAGAAAAAAAGUCAGCAAAGGAAAAAGAAAAGAGAACGGCCCAGGACACAGAUAUUUUCAAGAAAAAGAAGAGGAAAGGACAGGAAGACAGGAAAUCCAAAAAGAAGAAAUCGGCUCCCAGUAUUUUGUCAAGUGGACGGAUUGGACAGGUUGGAAAAUUCAAAAAUGGGACACUGAUUCUGAGCCAAGUUGAUAUCAAAAAAAUAAAUUCUUCCAGAGUGGCUAAAUGAAGUACUUUAUAAAAUAAAGAGAGAAAUGGGAAAGUGCCAAUGUACUGAAACUGGACCCCUACAAGACUUCCAGAUUAUUCUUAUUUAUUUCAUAUUUCAUAGACUGCUCUUUUAUCUUAGGGAACAAAAUCAAAUUGAAAUAAUAAAGUUUCUGAUUUUUUUUUUUUUUUUUUUUUUUUUGGUGAUAACCAUGUUAGGCCAACUGCAAUGUAGAAUCUGAAGUAAAACUGAAACCGUGUAACUCAGAUUGGGACUUGAACCCAUGGUCUAUUUUUUUUUUUUUUUUUUUUUUUGCGGUACGCGGGCCUCUCACUGCUGUGGCCUCUCCCGCUGCGGAGCACAGGCUCCGGACGCGCAGGCUCAGCGGCAUGUGGGAUCCUCCCGGACCGGGGCACGAACCUGUGUCCCCCUGCAUCGGCAGGCGGACUCCCAACCCCUGCGCCACCAGGGAAGCCCCCGAACCCAUGGUCUUUUAACUGAGAUCACACACCUGGUCUCAAGACUUCAUGAAGCUCAGGUUCUUGAUGUCUCAUCACAGGAAGAAUUCAGCGAGAGACAAAGUGAUAGGUGAGAAGUGGAUUUAUUUAGAGAUCAACACACUCCACAGACAGAGUGUGGGCCAUCUCAGAAGGCGAGAGUGGCACCAGGGUUUGGGGUUGUCCAUUUUUACAGGGGUGGGUAAUUUCACAGGCUAAUCAGUGGUCAGAGUAUUCCAGCUCUUUUGGGGAAGGGGCGGGGAUUUCCAGGAAUUGGGCCGCCGCCCUCUUUUUGACCCUUGUGGUCUCUCUUGGAACUGUCAUGGCACCUGUGGGUGUGUCAUUUAGCUUGCUGAUGUGUUACUGUGAGCGUAUACUGGGGCUCAAGGUCUAGUG